AUGUCGGAUGAAAUGCAAGGGGUACAGAUGGAAGGCUUGAGUCGACAAGAGUCCGAACAAACUGUCUCUGUUUUAGUAGAAGGUCAAGCGUUCAAGAUUAAUAAAAGGCUUCUCUUUCGUAGAGUUCCUGUCUUAAGCAAUCACAGAUUUCCGCUCCCCUUUAACGUAGAUGUCCAAACAUUCGAUGCGUUUUUAGAUUGGCUCCACGAGGAUAAGCUGCCAGCGUUGCACGGAAUUUACCACGAGGACUCGGGAAAAUUCACAUACGCAGGUUACAACCCCGACGCACUAUACAGACUAGUCACACACUUGGAACUGGGCGCUCUCGCCGACAACAUCAUGGAUUGCAUCGCAAAAGCUCACGUUUCUGUGGGUGUUGGUUUCAGCAAAGAUGAAAUCACGAAAAUAUAUAUCGAACAAGAUCCACACUGGGGUCUUGCUCUUUUUACCGCUUAUUGGAUCCAUCUCGAAGACACACGUCCAAACGACUACAUGAAAGUUACGACCAAGGCAGAUCGCGAAGAUCUUUUGAAUAACGAAACUAUCGCUAUUGAUGUGCGGCUCCUUCGCGGACCAUUGUAUGUGGGAAGUCAUACAAAAUGCAGAUAUCAUCUUCAUAAUUUUAAUGCAGAUGGGACGUGUCCACGAGCCCACAGUACCGAUAUCUGCUUGUGGGUUAUGAAUAAAGAUGGUGACAUGGAGGACAUGCAAAGUUGGAGAACCAAGAAGUUUUUGGAUCCAGUACAGACUCAAAGCGAUUAA